AUGUAUUCUGAAGGUAGAGAGGACUCAUAAUAUUCUGGAAAUAAUAUGGAACAAUAUGAUGAAGAUUAGGAUUAAGGAGAUGGAUAAGACGUUGAUAUGGAAGGAUAACAAUAUUAUGAUGAUGAAGAAUAAGAUAUGUAACAGUAAGAAGAGUAUUAAGAAUAUCAGCCAGAAGAACAAUAGGAUGAUUAAUAAAGUAAAAUUUUAUAGUAAAUAGGCUUUAAAUAUCAACCAUUUGAUUAAAGAAAAUGGCAAUGGGCAGAACCUUUAAUAGAGGGAGUUCCACCAUGUGCUAGAGGUGGUCAUUCAGCAACAUUGAGUGGAGCCUCUAUUAUAUUGUUUGGAGGACAUUAUUAUGCCAAUAAAGAUGAGGGAUAUAAAUACUUAAAUGAUACUUAUUAGAUGGAUGUUAAUGCAAAUAGAUGGUUUAAAGCUAAAGUUUAAGGUACUCCACCUGCUCCCAGAUAUGCUCAUUCUGCAGUUUUGGCAGGACAAAGAAUAAUUAUAUUUGGAGGAAAGGGAGAAAAAUGUGUAUUCAGAGAUUUACAUGCUCUUGAUCCAUUGACAUUAACAUGGUAUUAGGGACCUGAAGGAUCUGGUUCACCAAGUGCUAGAUUUGCUCAUUCGGCUACUUUAGUAAUUAUUUUAGUAUAAGUAAAUCAUAGUAUGCCUCAACAAAAAUGAUAAUAUUUGGAGGUUGGAAUGAAAUUGAUUAUUUUAAUGAUCUUUAUGUUCUAGAUUUAGAAGUAAUGGCUUGGUCUUAACCACCCUGUACAGGUCCUUCUCCCACUCCUCGUUAAGGACACACAGCAAUAUAGGUGGGAGCCAACUUAAUCAUAUAAGGAGGUUUCUAUUAUUAAGAAGAUAAAACUCUAAAGACAUUACAUAAAACAGCAAAUCCAAGACAUGGAUCACAUUUAAGAAGCUGUUAUUUAAAUGAUAUUAGAAUUCUCGAUACUGAACAUUUUGCAUGGAGUAGAUUAAGAGUAAGUGGAACUCCACCUGCUCCACGAUAUGGACAUUCAGCUAAUGUUAGUGGAGCUGAUAUUGUAGUAUUUGGAGGUUGGUCUUUAAAUUCAGGAGCUAGAAGGUUUUCUAUUUAAAUAUUAUUAGUGAAAAUAAUUUUGCUACUCCUCCAGACAUUGAUUACUUGAUUGUAUUGAAUACUGAGAAAAUGUGUUGGGAAAAAGCCAAAUAUGAAGGAAAUGCUCCUAGAAAUAGAUAUGGUCAUACAGCAACCUCAAUUGGUCCACAUAUAUUGAUUUUUGGAGGUUGGGAAUAUAAUAGAGCAACAAAUCAAGUAGUUGUUCUUAGAGAUCUUAAUGUUGGAUAAUAAUAGUAGGAGAAGAAAAAAUGA